GCCACUCUUCUUUCUUUGUGCUCUCAAUCUUAAAUCCCCACCAUGAGAGCAGACACAGAAAGUCUCUGGUUAUUUGCUCUCAUCUCCUCCAAAUUCCCAGCUUUUACUCGAGCAGAUAUUGCAUGGCCAAUAUUAUUAGUUAUGUGUAUGCUGGCUUGGCUAGCCAUGACCAUUAUUUACUGGGCUCACCCAGGUGGCCCAGCUUGGGGCAGGUACAGUUGGAGACAUGGGAAAUCAUCUGCUCUACCCAACAAGCCUAUAGCAGGUCCAAGAGGGUUGCCUCUGGUUGGCAGCAUGAGCCUCAUGGCUUCCCUUGCUCACCACCGGAUUGCUGCCGCCGCCGAAGCAUGCAGAGCCAAGCGGCUCAUGGCCUUUAGCCUCGGCGAUACUCGUGUUAUCGUCACGUGUAACCCCGACGUGGCCAAGGAAAUACUCAACAGCUCAGUUUUUGCUGACCGUCCCGUGAAGGAGUCGGCCUAUAGCUUGAUGUUCAACAGAGCAAUUGGGUUCGCUCCUUACGGGGUCUACUGGCGAACCCUCCGGAGAAUCGCGGCCACCCACCUUUUUUCCCCGAAACAAAUCAAGGCUUCUGAGGCUCAGAGGUGCGAAAUCGCAUCUCAAAUGGCGGCAAUGUUUGGCGACCAAGGAAAAAGCUUCAGUGUGCGUGAACUACUUAAACGUGCUUCGCUGAACAACAUGAUUGGCUCUGUGUUUGGAUAUAAAUACCGACUUGAUUCCUCCAACGAAGAAGUCGAGGAGCUUCAAAGACUGGUGGGUGAAGGGUACGAGCUAUUGGGUUUGCUGAAUUGGUCAGACCACCUCCCUUGGUUAGCUGAUUUUGAUGCUCAAAAAAUCCGGUUCAGAUGCUCCCAACUCGUUCCAAAAGUGAACUUGUUUGUCAGCCGAAUCAUCGCCCAACACCGGGCUCAAAACAGUACUGAAAAAAACCGGGAUUUUGUUGACGUUUUGCUCUCUCUACAUGGCCCCGAAAGGUUAUCGGAUUCCGAUAUGGUCGCCGUUCUUUGGGAAAUGAUUUUUAGAGGGACAGACACAGUGGCGGUUUUGAUCGAGUGGAUACUCGGGAGGAUGGUGCUUCAUCCUGAUGUCCAGUCAAAGGUUCAUGAUGAACUCGACAGGGUCAUUGGAAAAUCACGUGCCGUCGCUGAGGCAGACGUUGCGGCGUUGGUUUAUCUUGGGGCUGUGGUGAAGGAGGUGUUAAGGCUACACCCGCCGGGCCCACUCCUCUCCUGGGCCCGCUUGGCCAUCAAUGAUACAACUAUUGAUGGGUACCACGUGCCUGAGGGGACCACCGCGAUGGUGAACAUGUGGGCCAUAGCAAGGGACCCAGAAGUGUGGCGGGACCCACUGGAAUUUAUGCCCGACAGGUUUGUAACCAAGGAGGGUGAGGUGGACUUUUCUGUGCUUGGGUCGGAUCUUAGGCUGGCACCAUUUGGGUCGGGUAGACGGACCUGCCCUGGCAAGACCCUUGGCCUGAGCACCGUCAGCUUUUGGGUAGCCUCACUUUUACACGAGUAUGAAUGGUUACCGUCAGAUCAUAACCCCGUUGACCUAUCUGAGGUACUGAGGCUCUCUUGUGAGAUGGCUAAUCCGCUCACCGUUAAACUGCGCCCUAGGCGUACGUAGGUGAUUGGUCGGUCUUGGGUUGCCGGUUUCCACUUUGACACGUAUAACUAUAUAAGGUGUCUUAUUUUAUUUGAUUAUCUGUUUUUCGUUUUCACUACUGUACGUAGAUAGUGGUGAAAUUACUUCUAAGUUUACGUUUAUCUUCACCUUUCUCCCUCAAUGUUAAAACGUACGUACCGUGAUGUCUCUCUUCUCUUCAAUAAAAUUGGCUUUAUUCA